GUGGCUGAGGACCGGUAAAAGGAAAGCACUGGUGUACGGAAGUGGGACCUCGACUAAGACCACUUAUGCUUUCCUGUGCCCGGUAUUUUCUGGGUCUCCUGCAGAAAUUCGCAGCGGUAGGGUGGACCUGUAUGAUUUAUUCCUAAGGUUGUCCUAUCAUGGCUGAAAAUGACAUAGACAGAAACCAGACUGAGAAACUCCUAAAAAGAGUGCAAGAACUGGAGGAGGAGGUACAAAGACUUAAAAAGGAACAGGUCAACAAGGACUCAAGCAGAAAAGAAGAUUCUUCAGGAAGUAAAAAAGCUAAGCGUGCAUUUGAUUUCAGUGCUCAUGGUCGAAGACAUGUAGCUCUGAGGAUAGCCUAUCUGGGCUGGGGCUACCAGGGUUUUGCCAGUCAGGAAAAUACAAACAACACCAUUGAAGAGAAGCUGUUUGAGGCGCUAACCAAGACUCGACUAGUGGAGAGUAGACAGACAUCCAAUUAUCACCGGUGUGGGCGAACAGACAAAGGAGUUAGUGCCUUUGGACAGGUGAUAUCUCUUGACCUUCGUUCUCACUUUCCAAAGGACAAGGAUUCAGAAGAUUUGAGUUUAAAAGACGAAGUCAAUGAUUCUGCUAAAGAGAUCCGUUAUACCCACAUUCUCAAUCGGGUGCUCCCUCCAGACAUCCGUAUACUGGCCUGGGCCCCUGUAGAACCUACCUUCAGCGCUAGGUUCAGCUGUCUUGAGCGGACGUACCGCUAUUUUUUCCCUCGUGCUGACUUAGAUAUUGUAAUCAUGAAUUAUGCAGCUCAGAAGUAUGUUGGCACACAUGAUUUCCGGAACUUGUGUAAAAUGGAUGUAGCCAAUGGAGUGAUAAAUUUUCAGAGGACUAUUCUGUCUGCUCAAGUACAGCUAGUAGGCCAGAGCCUGGGUGACGAGAGAUGGGAAGAACCUUUCCAAUUAUGUCAGUUUGAAGUGACUGGCCAGGCAUUCCUUUAUCAUCAAGUCCGCUGUAUGAUGGCUAUCCUCUUUCUGAUUGGCCAAGGAAUGGAGAAACCAGAGAUUAUUGAUGAGCUGCUGAACAUAGAGAAAAAUUCCCAGAAACCUCAAUACAGUAUGGCUGUAGAAUUUCCCCUAGUCUUAUAUGACUGUAAGUUUGAAAAUAUCAAGUGGAUUUAUGAUCGGGAGGUUCAGGAAUUCAAUGUUACCCACCUACAACAACUAUGGGCUAAUCAUGCCGUUAAAACUCACAUAUUGUAUAGCAUGCUGCAAGGACUGGACUCUGCGGCAGUACCCUGUGGGAAAGGACCAGAAAUGGAUGGAGUGAUAAAGUGGAGAAACGUUAAGCCCCCUGUCAUAAAGCAGACCAGUGCUUUUGUAGAAGGAGUGAAAAUGCGCACAUAUAAGCCCCUGAUGGAUCGUCCUAAGUGCCAAGGAUUGGAAUCCCGGAUCCAGCAUUUUGUACGUAGGGGACGUAUCGAGAACCCACAUUUAUUCCAUGAGGAAGAAACAAAAGCCAAAAGGGACUGUGCUGACAUAUUAGAGGAAGAAAAUACCAUUUUAGAGAAACCAACAAAAAGAAUCUGUGUUGAUACAGAAAUUAAAAGGAUCACUUAACUAUAGAAAACCCAGGAUCUAGGAGGCAACAACCAGCUAGUGGUGGGUGGAUAGAAAGAAAAUACAAAAAAAAAUUUAAUGCAAGAAGUCAUAGAAAUUUUGAUGAUCAGCUCUUAAAAACAAACAAGCAAACAAACCAUAGGACCUAUAAAGUUCUUGCUUCUAAGAAGAAAGAGUUCAAACAUUCUCCCAUCCUUGUCCAAAAGGAUGAAAAGCAAAAAGCAGUUGUAAAAUGGGGUAUGUAUGUACGUCCACCCUGGGAACCUGUGCAUUAUGUUUGAAUUCAUUAAAACCUGAUCCUCAAAGU